AAAAAUACAAAGGAGAGGGGAAACUCCUGAGAUCUCCAAGCGCGUCAACAUUAGCUUCGCAUCUUCCCCCAAACCCAAACCCCAAAGUUUCCUACAUCUCUCCGUCAACCCUUCUCGUUUUGACUACGCUUCCAUUCCCAUCCACUCCUUCUUCCUCGUCUUCUUCCUCUAUGUAAAGAGGCUUGUCCUCCAGGUAUGGCAAGUGGUUUUGGGGAUUCUGCGAGUAGGCCGUCGCAAUCACAAGGGCCUUCAUUCCCCAGCAGUAACAAUAGUAACGGGGAUGCUGGUAAUUUCGAAUGCAAUAUCUGCUUCGAUUUGGCCCAAGACCCCAUUGUUACCUUAUGCGGCCAUCUUUUCUGCUGGCCGUGCCUUUACAAAUGGCUCCACAUUCACUCCCAUUCUCAGGAGUGUCCUGUUUGCAAAGCUCUUGUGAAGGAGGAGAAUUUGGUUCCCUUGUAUGGUAGGGGAAAGACAUCUACUGACCCUAGAUCGAAGUCAAUUCCUGGAGUUGACAUUCCGAAUCGUCCAGCAGGACAAAGACCUGAAACAGCUGCUCCCCCAGAGCAAAAUCAUUUCGCUCAACGUGGAUUUGGAUUCAUGGGAGGCUUGGGAGGUUUGGGAGGGUAUGCUCCACCAAUUGCAACCACGACAAGGUUUGGGAAUUUCACCUUCUCUGCAGCUUUUGGUGGCCUUUUCCCGUCUCUGCUCAAUUUUCAGUUGCAUGGGUUCCCUGAUGCUCCUAUGUAUGGUGCAACUGCCGGAUUUCCGCAUGGGUUUCAUAAUACAUUUCAUGGCCACCAUGGACAUAGAUACAAUUUCCGUCCUGGUCCUCGUGUUGGUCGUCCUGCUGUAGUUCAAGAUUAUUACCUGAAGAUGUUGAUUAUGUUUGUUGUAGCUUGUGUUCUUAUGGCUCUUUUGUGGCAAUAGAUUGAAUAUCCAUUUAAACAGCACGCUUAGGGUGCUUGUAUAUGUGAUAGUUUAUAUCUACUGUUUCUGACAAUGAGGGAAUUGUUCAUAUUUUACCAUGUUCUGUUAUGUCGUA